AUCCAAUAAACACAAAAUCGAUAGUUUAUGAAUGAAAAUUUGAAAAACUCUCUCUCUAUAUAUUUAUUUUUAAACAUCAAAUUCAAUAUCUCAAAUUUAACACUGAAAUAAUGAACCAAUUUGGUAAACGGACACAUUUGAAAUAAUAUCCAAAUAUUAUUUUCCUACAAGUUUUUCUAAAAUAUUUUUAAAACAAAAACAUCAAAUUUAUUAAUGUAAUACUAUUUCAUAAUUAUAGAGGAAAAACAGCAUUGAUGAUUGAACCCCCGGAAAAUUAGCAGCUUGAGCCUAAAUAAAGCAACGAAAUAAUUUCUAGAACGUUUGACUUUCAUUUCUCUCUUUUGGAAAAAAAAGAGAAAAAAAAUUGAAGCUUGUCCAUGGGGAUUUUUCUACAAUUUUCAGAGGCUUAAGAAAAUAAUAUAUUUUUGUUACUAAUUUUUUGAAUUUCAUUGGGAAAAGAACUUUUUUUUGUUUCAUUUUUUGAUUUUGAAAAAUUUGAAUGUUCUUAAUCAUCUUGAUCAUCCUCCUACAUUGUUUGCAUUCUUUCUAUUUUUCAGCAAAAUCUUGGUUUAUAUUUUUCAAAACCAAGAAGGUUGAGUUUUAUUAUAUUAGAAUUUGUUACUUUUACUGGUUGCAAAUGCAAUCUGGGGAAUUUUCUAUUGUGGCUCCUCCUAACCUUUCCCCUUGGAACCUCUCUACAUUUGAGGAAGAUGACAUUCAUGAAACCGAAAAAACAUCCUCCAUAACAGUAUCGACAAAUUCUAAUGUAACUGCAACCAAAGGCUCCAGAGUUCACAAUUCAUGUGGGGUAGCAGAUAACUUCGUUAUAAUGACAGCGCUCAGGAGCAAGACCCUCUCCUUGAGAGAUCUGCUCGACUUAUCGCCUUGUUUUGCUUCCGCAUCUGUAAAUGAGCUGCUGAUAUUGACCCUGAAGGAUCUGCAUAAAAUGCAUCCUUCCGUCAACCCGAAUGUUCCAUUAUCAAGUAUUGAUGGAGCAGGAAUGGAUCAGGCACUACAAUGCUUUUGUGAUACUCUGAAAUCAAUCGGGGUAAUAUGGACACAUGAUGAUGAAUUCAUAAAGAAAUUGGAUGAGGAAUACAGUAAUCUCCACAAUGACUCAAGGCGUUAUGGAUUGGUAUUGCUUGAUGAGAUGAUUAAGCUAGCCACUGAAAGGGUGUUCGACGACAUGAUGGACGAGGAUGACGAAACGAGAGAUGAAAGUCCUUCACCCGACCCAUUUGGGAGGACUCUGUCAGUGUCUCAUUCGAGCAACGAGUCCUCCCUCUCAAGCCCUCCACCUACUCCAACUUCAGUCCUCUCCCCAGUAGUUAGUGCUUCACAGAAAAGUGAACUCAAUGCCCAAGAAACUGAGAAGCUAAAUCCUACUAUUGAUGUAAAACGCCUCUAUUUUGACUUGCUCCCUUAUGCAAUAGCUCAAGAUCCAAAUUAUGUUGUUCAACUAGCAAACAACUUUAGUGAACAAAAAUCAGAAAUACAAGGAAACCUUGGUUCUGAAGUGAAAGAAGGGGAUGAUUGUGAAUUUGGCCAAGAUUUUGAAAUGUUGGACUCACCAGAUAUUCCACUAACUGAUAUGGACAAUGUAUCAGAAAACGAAGGGACUUGUCGGACUGGCUCUCCAAAUAAUGAGCUAGUGUCAAGUUGUGUUUCGUUAGAUGUGCUUUUACCUCCACCUACACUCCCUGAGUUGAUAUCAAAUGUAGAAGAACAGGCAGCAGCUCCAUCAGCACCAUUUACAUUAUCUUCAAAAGCCAUAAAGUCACCAUCUUUGACAUCAAAAAACACAGUAACACCUCCGCCCCCACCCCCACCCAUGACAUUACGAAACACAUUAAGAAACACAGUAGUGCCGCCCCCUCCACCCCUACCAAUGACAUCAAGAAACAUUGUAACACCUCCACCUCCAACCCCACCACCACCAAUGGCAUCAAGAAACAGUGUAACACUGCCUUCACCCCCCCCACCACCAAUGCCAUCAAGAAACAUAGUAACACCUCCAACUCCACCCCCACCACCAACAAUGACAUCAAACUGUGUAACGCCUCCACCCCCACCACCAAUGGCAUCAAGAAACAGUGUAACACCUCCACCUCCACCCCCACCCCCGCUCUCACCAAUGACAUCAAGAAACGUAGUAACACCUUUGCCUCCAUCCCCACCACCACCAGCAGAUCCCAUGAUGGUGCCUGCACCACCUCCAUUGCUACCUAAAACAACAACAAAUAUAACAACACUUCCACCUCCACCACCGCCACCUCCCAUGACAUCUAGAAAUGUAAUAGCAGCUCCACCUCCUCCACCACCUCCCAUAGGAUCAAAGGGUAUGGCAACUCCACCCCCACCUCCACCGAUGGCUUCAAAUGGAGCAGUGCCAGCACCACCUCCACCCAUGCCAAAGGGAAAAGGACCUGCAACUCCACAAUCACUAGGGUUUAUGGGUGUGUUACGAGUUAAGAGAGCAGCCACUAAAUUGAAAAGGUCAACUCACAUGGGUAAUCUUUAUCGACUUCUCAAGAGCCAAGUUGAAGGCUCUAGUUUAGAUACUACAUCACAUCACAGAGUAGGAAAAGUUAGUGGCUCAGCAGGAGGGAAACAGGGAAUGGCUGAUGCAUUAGCUGAGAUGACGAAGAGGUCAGCAUAUUUCCACCAAAUUGAAGAGGACGUUAAAAAUCACGCCAAAAAAAUCAAGGAGAUACAAACAGCCAUUACUUCUUUUAAAACAUCAGAUAUGUCUGAGCUCACUAAGUUCUACAGAUAUGUAGAAUCUUUCCUUGAGAAAUUAACCGACGAAUCUCAGGUGCUAGCAAGAUUUGAAGAUUUUCCCACCAAAAAGUUGGAAGAACUGAGGAUGGCAGCAACAUUAUAUUCGAAGUUAGACACAAUAGCCACUACUUUGCGAAAUUGGCCGAUAGUCUUACCUGUUGGCGAACACCUUGUCAAAGCUGAGAGUUACUUUAACAAGAUCAAAGUAGAAAUAGACAAACUGGAACGGACAAAGGAUGAAGAGUCCAAGAAAUUUAUAAGCUAUAACAUUCAUUUUGAUUUCAACAUCCUUGUCCAUAUCAAGGAAUUAAUCGUAGAUGUUUCCUCAAACUGCAUGGAACUUGUCUUGAAGGAGAGUAGAGAAGCAAAGACAAGAGAAAACGGAAGAGGUGGAUCGAAAAAUGAUGGGCGAAAAAAGGGAUCACGUAAACUGCUAUGGAAGGCCUUCCAGUUCGCAUUCAGAGUCUAUAGUUUCGCUGGUGGGCAAGACGAUCGUGCUGACAAGUUGACUAGGGAAUUGGCUCAAGAAAUCCAAACAGAUCCUAACCAAUAGAAUACUCAGAAGGUGGAUGGAGCUUUUGAACAAUUGGUUUGACAAUUGAACCCAAUAAUUUCGACAUGGAAUAUAAAUAUAUACUUAAAAAAUCCAAAUAAAUAAAUAAAUAAAUAUUUUGAACCCAUAAUCUAAAAAGUACAAGGAAGUUCAGUGCUUAAAAUAUCAAAGGGUGAACCUAUUAAGUUUAAAUCUUGAAUCUGCCUCUGGUUCCACCACUUCUUAAUAGUAAUGUCAAUGAUGCUGGUGAUAUGAAGGCAUCGUGUAGAUGCAUUUUGAAAACAUUGCCCAAUCAACAUUUUGAAGGAUUUUCUGGCAAGGACCUUAAAGAUGAAGUUUCAAGCUGCAACUAUCAUGCAUAUACUAGGAAAGAAUUGAUAUGCGUGAUAUCAAUUUUGUUUAGACUGCAGGCAGAAUUGAGCUAAAUCCUAUAUAUUUCAUCUUAGUAACUGAUUAGUAGCAAGUUCGCAGCACGAGAUUGUCUAUUCUUUUAUAAUUCAAGACUUCGUAUCUUCAGCAUUUGCCUAAAUUUUGCAUUACAAUCUUUGCUAGUUCUUUUGUAGUCAGAGGCAGAGCCAGGAUUUCAACUAAGGGGGUUCAAUAUUCAAAGAAAACUUAAUUGAAGGGGUUCAACACCUACUAUAAUCACAUAAAAAAUAAAUGUAAUCAUGUAUAAAUAGUAUAUUUUUCUGUGGAGGGGUUCGUCCGAACCCACUAAAGAAGGUUGGCUCCGCCCUGCUUGUAGUCGUAUUUUUUGCAAUAAGUACGGAGACGAAUAUUAUAUCUCAAUUUACUGUUCCUCAAAUUAUACUCAUUGAUAUUUGCUGAGA